CCGUUUUCUGCGAUUCUUCGGCUCUUAAAGAUCUAAACGCUGUACGAGUAAAAUCUGCGUUCAGCUUAACGUCAACAGCCGUUACUGAAACCGAUGAACCUCUUGGGAGCCGCGCGGGACGGACGGACGGACGGACGUGACAGCGGGUGGACCGAGAGGACGAGAACCGCCAAUUCCAGCUAGCUGUCAGCUAGCUUGUUGUCUUCUGGCACUGGAGAUUCUUCCUCAAGGACAGCAAGCCUUUUGAGGAAUAGGCUACAUCGUUUUCUGUGGAUUGCUCACGUAUUCUGUCUUCUCGUCAUUUUGUAAAACAAGCCAGCUGGUGGCAGUCGUGCAUCUCUAGACUGGUUGAAGCAACCCGAUUAAACCCCGAAGAAGAAGAAAGUUCAUCCACAAACCAACAUGGCGAACAUUCGGUGUGUCAAGGGAAUGGUCGGCCUGGUUACAGGCGGCGCGUCGGGUCUGGGCCGGGCCACAGUGGAGCGUCUGAUCCAGAACGGAGCGUCCGCUGUGAUCCUGGACCUGCCCUCCUCCGAUGGACCGGCUCUGGCUGCCAGUCUGGGAGACCGCUGUGCCUUCGCUCCUGCAGAUGUGACAUCCGAGGCAGAUGUGCAGUCAGCAGUGUCGCUGGCCAGAGAGAAGUUUGGGAAGCUCGACCUGGCAGUUAAUUGUGCCGGCAUCGCUGUCGCCGUUAAAACGUAUAACUUUAAGAAGGACCUCCCUCACAGCCUGGAGGACUUCCAGCGUGUAAUCAUGGUGAACAUUGCAGGAACCUUUAAUGUCAUUCGUCUUGCUGUGGGUGAAAUGGGGAAGAACGAGCCUGAUGCGGACGGACACAGAGGCUGCAUCAUUAACACAGCGAGUGUGGCAGCCUUUGACGGACAGGUCGGUCAGGCAGCAUAUUCAGCCUCGAAAGGUGGUAUUGUAGGAAUGACCCUCCCCAUUGCACGAGAUCUGGCCCCCAUGGGCAUCCGAGUCAUCACCAUAGCACCAGGUCUGUUCUCCACUCCCCUCCUGGCUGGUCUCCCAGAGAAAGUUCGCUCCUUUCUCGCCCGCCAGGUGCCCUUCCCUUCGCGCCUGGGAGACCCCGCUGAGUUUGCCCACCUGGUGACAUCACUGGCUGAGAACCCCAUGAUUAAUGGAGAGGUCAUCAGACUGGACGGAGCCAUCCGCAUGCAGCCCUGAGACAGAACGUGUGUGUCUGUGUGUCCACGUUAACAAAAGUUGUUGAAAGUGAACUCCAUCAAAUUAAGAUUAAACUUGUUUUAUAUGUGGGUGUCUGUCUAGAUGUCUGGUGCAAUGGUUUUGUAGAAAGCUGCAUACAGUGUGAGAUAAAAAUGUAUAAAAUAGCUGUACAUCACUCAAAGCGUGUCAGUAGUUUAUUCACUUGACUUUGGUUGUUUUUUUAAAGUAAUCCAGAUGAUAAUAAACAUCCAAAUGGGUUUGAUUCUUUUC